ACGUGUUGACCUUCAGAGAAAAGCUUCUCGUCAUCUUCCACGCGACCCGACCGGACCAUUGUUCUUAUUCCCAGUCUCAUGUUAGCUUCUCGUCAUCUUCCCCUUUCGAUCCUUAUGUUUCUUACCCCUGAACAAUAGUAACUUAAAAGAAAAAUCUUUCCCUAUUACUCCUGUGACUUUGUAAUCUUCUAAGUUGCUGAUCCGUUUCAAGUUGUCGGGAGAAUUUAAACAAUAAUGCAAGCAGCUCAAGCAACGUCUACUGCAGUUGCAGAAACUUCUUCUCAGUUAUAACACUUUUUGCUAGCGGUCGAUCUUCAUUUGCUGGUGGUUUGAUUUUAGGAGCAUCACUAGGGGACGUGGAGCUUCUAAGAGCUGAUGGGGGGCAGUGUUCAACUAAACGAAGGAGUUUCAGAUCCAGGACCAAGCGGGAGACGUCCAGAUAUUUCACUUCAAAUACCCCCUAAACCCCUAGGUUUUGGCAAUAGCCGAAGUGGAACGGGCGUACUUCAGUCUCAAGGUUCCUUUAAAGGUGGUUCAUCAUCAGGAGGCUUCUUGCGGGGCUUAAGCUUCAAAAAGAAGGGAACUGGACCUGAUGGUGAGAGAAGCUUCCUCCUCAAUUCAGACCCAAAGACAACACCUGAAAGUCCUAUUAUGGCCAACCUCAAGUCUGCAUUUUCAUGGAAAAGAUGUACCUCUCUCCCUGUCACACCUGCCUCACACAUGUCUCCUUCUGUUUCCACACCUGCUUCAGCAAGGAUAUUUAAUCAACGGAAAAACCCACAUAAAGAGGCUCUUCGAGCUGCAGUUUCAAGGUCCUUGUCUGUGCCAGGGAAAAGCGUUGUCAUUGUUAGAUCUGUAUCAUUCGCUAUACAUAGUGAGCGUACCCCAACAGAUCCUUGUGAUGAUCAAAUAACUACUCUUUCGGUGGAAGACAAUGAUGAAGAGAUUCCUGAAGAGGAAGCAGUGUGCAGAAUUUGUCUUGAUGCAUGUGAAGAAGGAAAUACACUUAAAAUGGAAUGCAGUUGCAAAGGUGCCCUCAGACUUGUACAUGAAGAAUGUGCAGUGAAAUGGUUUAGUACUAAAGGAAACAAGAUUUGUGAAGUAUGUGGGCAAGAGGUACAGAAUUUACCAGUAACUUUGCUUCGUGUGUCUACAUCCAUUCAGAGGAAUGCCACACAGGAGCAUAGUCAACAAAAUUUACGUUCACAAACAAUAAGUGCCUGGCAGGACUUCGUGGUGCUUGUGUUGAUUGGCACAAUAUGCUAUUUCUUCUUUCUUGAGCAGCUACUGAUUCAGGACUUGAAGAAUCAAGCUAUUGUGAUUGCGGCACCAUUUGCUUUUACUCUUGGCCUUUUAUCAUCUAUUUUUGCUGUCAUCCUUGCAAUCAAGGAGUACAUAUGGACUUAUGCAGCUCUUGAGUUUGCACUUGUGGCAAUCAUUGUUCACCUUUCCUACACAUUUCUCCAUUUGAAGGCCAUUUAUGCGAUAUUAGUUGCUUCGAUUUUAGGUUUUGGCAUGGCCAUUAGUCUCAACUCCUUGUAUAUUAAAUACUUUUCUUGGCGAGUUCAGGUUGCACAGAACUCCCCGUCCCCAGUAUGAUCGAACACCUUCGGGUUGCAAGACCUCAGCAUUUUUCUGCCCUGCCGGUUGUUUGGUUGGCCGGUUGCUUGCUUGCUUAUCGAAAACCAUCGGUGUAUAAAUUCAUUUCUGGAUGAACCCUUAACUAAAAUGAAAUCCAAGUAAAUACCCCAAAACAUGCAUAUUUUGUUAUUUGAGGUCCCUCCCACUUUAGAUGUUAGAGAAUCCUUUUCUAUGGGUCAACUGUUGUUGGGAACUUCUUGUUCUCUUUAUUGUGCAGUCUCAUGACAUCGUUUAAUGUUCUCACACGGUUGAGGCUUUUCCUUGAGAAAAACAGAAUGCACUAUGUUCAAGGUAUUGAGUUCAUCAAGAUCAUUAUGUAUUAAGAAUCCAUAUCAGAAUAGAAAUAAUGUAUAAAUAAGACUU